AUGUCAUCAAAACCAAAUCAACGAAGAAAAAAACCAGUCUUGAAACAUUCACUUCUUAAUCGUGAGAAAAAGAUUGACGAUCGAUAUGAGCCUAUACAAACCAAAGGGUUCCAAGAUGUUGACGCUUACAACGCUUUCGCAGAACGUCGAUAUCAACAGUACAAAAGAACAGGUGGAAAUGCAAGCAGGGGAGAGUUUGAACGCAGUAGAAAACAAAGCUCUCUUUCUAAACCACCAGUUCCUCUAUUUGCGCAAUCUCGCCCUCAUGAGCCAAAGAUAAAUAAGCAAGCUUCAACUCAUGGGUCAUCGAUGAAUUCGCCAGCCCGAGCACGGAUCUCACAGAAGACUUUUAUCACACGCAUAGCCCCCCGUCCCGCUUUUACUCAGCCCGGAUCAUCCCACUCUGGUUCCCAAGAAAAUACCUGGGGAAAAGCGGAGAAUGACUUGUUGAUUUCGCAAAUUGGUUCGUGGGAUGACAAUGGAGAGCCCUGGAAACUUUCAGAGGAAGAAGAUUAUAACUAA